CCUUCCAGAUACGUCACGACGGAUCAAACAGCUACCGUUUGAUGCAGCUCGGGUGUCUGGAGUCCGUAGCCAAUUCCACUGUCGCCUAUUCCUCCUCCUCUCCUCUAACUUACUCCACCACUGGCACUGAGUUUGCUUCCCCGUACUUCUCCACUAACCACCAGUACACCCCGCUCCAUCACCAGUCCUUUCACUACGAGUUCCAGCACAGUCACCCGGCUGUGAACCCCGACGCCUACUCUCUGAAUUCGCUCCACCACUCGCAACAGUACUAUCAGCAGAUCCACCACGGGGAGCCCACCGAUUUUAUUAAUCUGCACAAUGCUCGGGCGCUCAAGUCCUCUUGCUUGGACGAGCAGAGGAGAGAGCUGGGCUGCCUCGAUGCUUACCGCCGCCACGACCUGUCUCUUAUGAGCCAUGGAUCCCAGUAUGGGAUGCAUCCAGAUCAAAGACUCCUGCCAGGACCCAGCCUGGGGCUGGCCGCCUCGGGAGCAGAUGAUUUGCAGGGAUCAGUGGAUGCCCAGUGCGGGCUUGUUCUCAAUGGCCAAGGUGGGGUGAUAAGAAGAGGUGGCACUUGUGUGGUUAACCCCACAGAUUUAUUUUGCUCUGUCCCUGGUCGAUUGUCACUACUGAGUUCCACUUCCAAAUACAAAGUGACCAUAGCAGAGGUCAAGAGACGCCUCUCACCUCCUGAAUGCCUCAAUGCUUCCCUCCUGGGUGGCAUUUUGAGAAGAGCAAAAUCCAAGAACGGGGGACGGUGCUUGAGAGAAAAAUUGGAUAGGCUGGGCUUGAAUUUGCCAGCAGGGAGAAGGAAAGCGGCCAAUGUCACCCUCCUAACUUCCUUAGUAGAAGGAGAAGCUUUACAUUUGGCUCGGGAUUUUGGCUACACUUGUGAAACAGAAUUUCCUGCCAAGGCAGUAGGAGAACAUCUUGCCAGACAGCAUAUGGAACAGAAAGAACAGACAGCAAGGAAAAAGAUGAUUCUAGCUACAAAACAAAUUUGUAAAGAAUUCCAGGAUCUUUUGAGCCAAGAUAGAUCACCGCUUGGAUCAUCCAGACCUACUCCAAUUUUAGACCUCGAUAUCCAGAGACAUUUAACACACUUCAGCUUGAUCACUCAUGGCUUUGGGACUCCAGCAAUAUGUGCAGCCCUAAGCACUUUCCAAACUGUCCUUAGUGAAAUGCUGAACUACCUGGAAAAACACACGGCACACAAAAAUGGUGGAGCAGCGGAUUCUGGCCAAGGACAUGCCAACUCGGAGAAAGCCCCCCUGCGGAAAACUUCAGAGGCUGCCGUGAAAGAGGGCAAAACAGAAAAGACAGACUAGCUACAUCAAACAGAAUCUAUUUCCAGAGUCUUGCUGCUGAUAUUUUUUUCUAAUAUAUAUAUCAUUGAAGGUGACUAAUCUUCAGUGGACCAAAUCUCUUCCCUCCCUUACCCCUCUGAAAAAAAAAAAGGAAAUGAAACAAAACAAAAAAAAGGACAAAACAAAACAAAACAAAAAAACAACAAAAAAAGGAAAACAGCAGUGUAAUCGUGUGAUGAAAUUGUCACCUUUUUUUUUUUUAAUUUUAUGUUGCAAUAAACUCCUUUUGUGCACGUAUUUUAUUGUUCCAAAUUAUCCUCAUCACAAUUGCAAGCACUUCUGGACUUUGGAGAGGCAACAUGUGCUUUUUCACAAGGUAACUGAUGCACUUUCUCAAUCAAAUGUGUAGUUAGGGAUCAGGAAGCAUGUACAAAAUGGGAACCACCACCAGCUUUAUGGCUCCACCAAUUCUCUUGACUUUAAUCUUGUAACAAAAGAGUGCCUCAUUCCACUAAACAAACCAAGCCAGCAAUCAAUCCAUCAAUAAAUGUUUUGGAAACCUGAAAAAGGAAAAGUCAUGCCGUUUUCUGUCCUGUGUAAUAAUAGUAUAUUUUCGAAAAGUGUGGUUACCUCCAGCAAUCAGUGCCUUGGUGGUAUUUUUAAAUUCCAGAAAUCUAGUCCCUUUUAUCUCUUGCCCCAAAGUCAGGUUGAGUUUCUAAUGGUUUAACAUGAGAAUCCCACAAUGUAACACUGAAGUGAAAAAAGAACCUCUCUCCCACACUACUUCAUAUCAGCACCUAAGAAGUCAAGAAAAUUCUUGGCUAUUAGGAUUGGGAUAAAGGAUAACACAGACCCUAUCUAUACUCAAGAGUUAAUAUACAAUGAAGUGGAAAGUCCUGGCCUCCCCUUCUCCAGAAAUAUUCAGGAAUGUAAUAGAUAAUAAAGAAACAUGCAGAGGCAACUCCUGACAGAUAGGAGAAUGCAAGUGACAAAAGGUCACCUUUGGAAAUCUCUUAGAACCUAGUAACUUUAAAUCAUACAAUCAAGAUGAGAAUUCAUCUUUUUUUAACCUCCACCCUUCUAACCUCCAUCCUAAUACCUGAGCUCCAACAUUGCCCAGCUUUCAUAAGAACAGAAAUAUUCAUGUCUGUGUUCAGAAAAGUAAAAAACAAAAUGAUUAGAGAGAUCUUUUACUUUUAAGAUGUUUCCUUCUUUUUCACAGUUUGUUUCUAAAUCUUCAUUGUCCUUUAAUUAAAAACAAAACAAAACAAAACUCAGAACUGAAUUCCUCAAUCAAUUCAACACCAAAAAGCAAUGAUAGGAUCUUUCACCUAAUAGAAAGAAAAUCUAGUUUAGAUAAAACCAGGUUUUAGAAAAAUCUAAUAAUAUAUUUGCUCUUCUGCUGUGAACAUUUUGGAGAUUUCCAGUCUAAUGAGUAUGGAGGGUAUUUUUUAUAUCAGCAAAUAUAUCUAUUUCAGUGCAUACAGAAUAUUAAAAAAAUAGGACAUCUUUUUUUUUUCCUCCUGAGGC